AUGCCCAACUUCAGAGUCAUAAUCGUAGGCGCUGGUCCCGUCGGCCUUACAACAGCGCAUGCUCUUUCCAAAGCUGGGAUCGACUUCGUGGUGCUUGAGCGACGACAGGUGGUUGUCCAGGAUGUAGGUGCAAGCCUAGUUUUGGCGCCUCAAAGUCUUCGCGUUAUGUCGCAACUAGAGCUUCUGGACCAAUUAACCGCUAUCAGCACGGAGCUGGUGCAUGCUACAAGCUACACGAUGGAUGGGAAGAAAUUCAAGGAAGCCUGGCCAUUUGAAGUCAUGAAACAGAACCAGACGCGUCAACUUAUGCGAAGUCUAACUCUCAAAACUUCGCCAGAAGACACUGUUAACGAUGAGGAGCCCUUCACAACCGAGUAUCGCACAAUGUGGUGCACAUUUCCCAAGCCAGAAGAUUCGGAGAUUGGCUUAGGGAGCACAAGUGACGGGAGCAAUGCUUCGGUUCAGUACUUAACCAGUAAGGACCGUGCCUGGAUCUUUGUCUACGAACAUCUGGAGAUGCCUACGAAGAAGAGGGCAUGGUAUAGUCAGGAAGAUGUCGAAGCAUUCGCUGCCGAGCAUGCCGAAAUGCCUAUCAACGAUCACCUCAAGGUUAAGGACGUCUUUGCCAAAAAGUACCAUGCAGGCAUGGCGAAUCUGGAGGAAGGGAUUAUCGAACACUGGAGCUGGGGCCGCAUUGUUCUUGUAGGUGACGCGGCACACAAGUUCACCCCAAAUCAUGGGCAGGGACUCAAUAACGGCAUUCAGGACGCUGUUGUUCUGGUCAACGAGUUGCAUCGAUGUAUAGAAUCUGUCGGAGCCAGUAACCAGCCUUCCAAAGAGGAGCUAAGCAUUGCAUUUCAACGCUAUCAGUCUACCCGCACGGAAUAUGUGAAGGCCGAUUACAACCUUUCCGCAACGGUGACCCGGAUGUCUGCUUGGCCUAACUUCUGUGAAUUCUGUGGAGUUAUCUCGCGUCGCCGAGCUCAGAACCGCGCAUCACAACGAGCUUUCAGGGACAGAAAGGAAAAGUAUAUGAGGGAGCUGGAGCAACGACUGAGAGAACUCGAGGGCCGCUAUAACGUUCUUUCCAGGUUAUAUGAAUCGCUACAACUUGAAGUUACUAGUGUCAAGCAAGAGCUAGACAGGAUGGGCAAGGAUAACAGCAGAGUCGAGAGCUCAACAAGGAAUUGCCAAGUGAGGGAGUGGGAGGAGUCCAAAAUCGAGAUCCUAGAUCCUUUUUUGUUUCAUGUUUCUGCGUUUUGCUUUGUUGAGGAUCAUGGACAAGGUUGGAAAGAAUGA